GGUACAACGCCGACGACGGUUCACGUUUCCUAAACUGUGCGACGAUAGUGGCUAGAGGGGUUGUAACAUUAUACACGCGAGAGUUCGAAAAUCAAUAUAAUAUAAUAUACACUUUUGGAGCCACCGCAGAGAAAGUACGUACUUGCAUUGGAACGCGCGGUAGAAACUGCCGUGGCGGUGCGUAAUAAACAAAAUACGAUUAAUAAUAAAUGUAUUGCUAGUGUUAUCGAUUGACUUUUUUGUGAGUAUCGAUGACCGUCGUCGAAACGCGUUAAAUCGUGUUCAUUUCUAACCUGUCGGGAUCGUCGGACGCAGCGAAAUGAAAACCACCGACGUCGGGAAAUCCUUCGUCGUGUGCCUGUGCGUGCUGGUAGCGAGCGGCUCGUGUUUCCAGAAGCAUAUCCAAGCACUAACGGCAAAAGUGAACAGACUGUUCGGCAACGAACCGUGCGACAGUGUCAGUUCCAGUUCAUGGAAGCCCAACGACAACGACGCACAGCCCGCCGUGUCGCAGUGCAAUAAUUACACCGGCGACAGAUAUAAUUUAUUCGGUGUCGACUGGAGAAACAUGGGUUCCAGAAUUGCCAACAACUGGUGGAUAAUUGCUGUGUCUUCGGUUCUACCGUUCGUCGUCUUGUGGCGGAUCCAAUACAAUAUGAGACAUAGACUCCACGACUGGAAAAAAUCGUUCAUUGAAAAAGAAAAGGCCCAUUCCAGACGACUAACACUACCAGAUUUAACUUUGGCUAAACAUGCUCGAAGAGAGUCAUUGGCUGAAUCCACACAAAAACGCACAAAUCGUCCGCGAAAGAUGUCUCAAUGCAACAUUUCACAGUUUAAAAGCAUGAGAAAAAGUUCGAUGGAAAGAUAUGAAGAACUGCUAGGGGACUCAAAGAGAGUUCACAUAAUUAGGCGGCGGCAUUAAUGAUUUGUUUAGUACCUAAUUUAAAGUAUUUACAUUUGUAUCUUGUAUGUGCCAAUUUUAUCUGAGUCAGUAUGCACAGCAAUUGUUAACUGAAUUUUAAUAAAUAUAAAAAUGUUGAAGAGUAAA